AUGAGGACAAGGUACGUUCCUCACUGUGAGGACAAGGUUCCUCACACUGAGGACAAAGUUGCUGACACUGAGGAGAAGGUUCCUCUGUCUGAGAACAAGGUUCUUCACUCUGAGGGCAAGGUUCUUCACUCUCAGGACAAGUUUCCUCACUCUGAGGACAAGUUUCUUCACUCUGAGGACAAGAUUCCUUACUCUGAGGACAAAUUUCCUCACUCCGAGGACAAGGUUCUUCACUCUGAGGACAAGGUUCCUCAUUUUGAGGACAAGGUUCCUCAAACUUAAGACAAAGUUGCUGACACUGACGACAAGGUCUCUCAGUCUGAGGACAAGGUUCUUCACACUGGGGACAAGGUUCUUCACACUGAGGACAAGGUUCUUCACUCUGAGGACAAGGUUCCUCACACUGUCGACAAGGUUCUUCACUCUGAGGACAAGGUUCUUCAAUCUGAGGAAAAGGUUACUCACUUUGAGGACAAGGUUCUUCACUCUGAAGACAAGUUUCUUCGCACAGAGGACAAGGUUCUUCACACUGAGGACAAGGUUCUUCACUCUGAGGACUAGGUUCUUCUCUCAGAGGAUAAGGUUCUUGAGUCUGAGGACAAGGUUCUUCACUCUGAGGACAAAGUAUAUUCCUCACUGUGAGGACAAGGUUCCUCACACUAAGGACAAAGUUGCUGACACUGAGGAGAAGGUUCCUCUGUCUGAGGACAAGGUUCUUCACUCUGAGGACAAGGUUCUUCACUCUAAGGACAAGGUUCCACACUCUCAGGACAAGGUUCCUCACUCUGGUUCCAAGGUUCUUUACUCUGAAGACAAGGCUCUUCACUCUGAGGACAAGGUUCUUCACUCUGAGGACAAGGGACCUCACUCUGAAGACAAGGUUCCUACACUGAGGACAAGGUUCGCACUUUGAGAGCAAGUUUCUUCACUCUCAAGACAGGGUUCUUCACUCUGAGGAGAAGGUUCUUCAUUCUGACGACAAGGUUCUUUACUGUGAGGACAAGCUUCUUCACUCUGAGGACAAGGUUCUUCUCUGUGAGGACAAGGUUCUUCACUGUGAGGACAAGGUUCUUCACUGCGAUGACAAGAUUCCUCUCUCUAAGGACUAGGUGCUUCACUCUGAGGACAAGGUUCUUCAUGCUGGGGAAAAUAUUCUUCACUCUGAAGACAAGGUUCUUCACUCUGAGGACAAGGUUCUUCACUCUGAGAAAUAGGUUCUUCACUCUGAGGACAAGUUUCUUCACUCUGAGGACAAGGUUCUUCACUCUGAGGACAAGGUUCUUCAUUCUGACGACAAGGUUCUUUACUCUGAGGACAAGGUUCUUCAUUCUGAGGACAAGGUUCCUCACUGUGAGGGCAAGGUCCUUCACUCUGAGGACAAGGUUCUUCACUGCGAGGACAAGGUUCCUAUCUCUAAAGACUAGGUGCUUCACUCUGAGGACAAGGUUCUUCACGCUGGGGAAAAUAUUGUUCACUCUGAGGACAAGGUUCCUCACUUUUAGGACAAGAUUCCUCACUCUGAGAACAAAGUUCCUGACUCUGAGGAGAAGGUUCUCCACCCUGAGGACAAGGUUCUUCACUCUCAGGAUAAAGUUUAUCACUUUGAUGACAAGGUUCUUUACUCAGAGGACAACGUUCUUCAUUCUGAGGAUAAGGUUCUUUACUCUGAGGGCAAGGUCCUUCACUCAGAGGACAAUGUUCUUCACCCUAAAGACAAGGUUGUUCACUCUGAGGACAAGGUUCUUCACUAUGAGGAGUAGCUUCUUCACUCUGAGGAAAAGUUUCUUCACUCUCAGGACAAGGUUAUUCACACUGAGGACAAGGUUCCUCUCUCAAAAUACUAGGUGCUUCACUCUGAGGACAAGGUUUUUCACUCUGGGGAAAAUAUUCUUCACUCUGAGGACAAGGUUCGUAACUUUCAGGACAAGGUUCUUCAAUCUGAUGAGAAGGUUCCUCACACUGUGGACAAGGUUCCUCACUCUCAGGACAAAGUUGCCGACUCUGAGGAGAAGGUUCUCCACUCUGAGGACAAGGUUCUUGACUCUCAGGAUAAGGUUUAUCACUUUCAGGACAAGGUUCUCUAUUCGGAGGACAACGUUCUUCACUCUGAGGAUAAGGUUCUUUACUGUGAGGGCAAGGUUCUUCGCUCUGAGGACAAUGUUCUUCACACUAAAGACAAGGUUGUUCACUCUGAGGACAAGGUUCUUCACUAUGAGGAGUAGCUUCUUUACUCUGAGGAAAAGUUUCUUCACUCUCAGGACAAGGUUAUUCACACUGAGGACAAGGUUCCCUCUCAAAGUACUAGGUGCUUCACUCUGAGGACAAGGUUCUUCACUCUGGGGAAAAUAUUCUUCACUCUGAGGACAAGGUUCGUAACUUUCAGGACAAGAUUCUUCAAUCUGAUGAGAAGGUUCCUCACACUGUGGACAAGGUUCCUCACUCUCAGGACAAAGUUGCCGACUCUGAGGAGAAGGUUCUCCACUCUGAGGACAAGGUUCUUGACUCUCAGGAUAAGGUUUAUCACUUUCAGGACAAGGUUCUCUAUUCGGAGGACAACGUUCUUCACUCUGAGGAUAAGGUUCUUUACUGUGAGGGCAAGGUUCUUCGCUCUGAGGACAAUGUUCUUCACACUAAAGACAAGGUUGUUCACUCUGAGGACAAGGUUCUUCACUAUGAGGAGUAGCUUCUUUACUCUGAGGAAAAGUUUCUUCACUCUCAGGACAAGGUUAUUCACACUGAGGACAAGGUUCCCUCUCAAAGUACUAGGUGCUUCACUCUGAGGACAAGGUUCUUCACUCUGGGGAAAAUAUUCUUCACUCUGAGGACAAGGUUCGUAACUUUCAGGACAAGAUUCUUCAAUCUGAUGAGAAGGUUCCUCACACUGUGGACAAGGUUCCUCACUCUCAGGACAAAGUUGCCGACUCUGAGGAGAAGGUUCUCCACUCUGAGGACAAGGUUCUUGACUCUCAGGAUAAGGUUUAUCACUUUCAGGACAAGGUUCUCUAUUCGGAGGACAACGUUCUUCACUCUGAGGAUAAGGUUCUUUACUGUGAGGGCAAGGUUCUUCGCUCUGAGGACAAUGUUCUUCACACUAAAGACAAGGUUGUUCACUCUGAGGACAAGCUUCUUCACUCUGAGGAGUAGGUUGUUCACUCUGAGGACAAGUUUCUUCACUCUGAGGACAAGGUUAUUCACACUGAGGACAAAGUUCCUUUCUCUAAGUACUAGGUGCUUCACUCUGAGGAGAAUGUUCUUCACUCUGGGGAAAAUAUUCUUCACUCUGAGGACAUGGUUCCUCACUUUGAGGACUAGGUUCCUGACACUGAUGACAAAGUUGCUGACUCUGAGGAGAUUGUUCUCCACUCUGAGGACAAGGUUCUUCACUCUGAGGAUAAGGUUCCUCACUUUGAGGACAAGGUUCUCCACUCUGAGGACAAGGUUCUUCACUCUGAGGAUAAGGUUCUCUGCUCUGAGGGCAAGGUUCUUCACUCUGAGGACAAGGUUCUUCACCAUGAGGACAAGGUUGUUCACACUGAGGACAACGUUCUUCACUCUGAGAAAUAGGUUCUUCACUCUGAUGACAAGUUUCUUCACUCUGAGGACAAGGUUAUUCUCACUGAGGACAAGGUUCCUCACCUUGAGGAAAAGAUUCCUCUCACCGAGGACAAAGUUGCUGCUACUGAGAACAAGGUUCCUCAGUCUGAGGACAAGCUUCUCCACUCUGAGGACAAGGUUCUUCACUCUGCGGACAAGGUUCUUCACUCUGAGGACAAGUUCCUUCACUCUGAGGACAAGGUCCUUCACUCUGAGGACAAGGUUCCUCACACUGAGAACAAGGUUCCUCAGUCUUUGGAGAAGGUUCUCCACUCUGAGGACAAGGUUCUUCACUCUGAAGACAAGGUUCCUCACUCUGAGGACAAGUUUCUUCACACAAAGGACGAGGUUCUUCACACUGAGAACAAGGCUCCUCACUUUGAGGACAAGGUUCCUCACUUUGAGGACAAGGUUCUUCACUCUGAGGACAAGGUUCUUCACUCCGAUGAUAAGGUUCUUCACUCUGAGGGCAAGUUUCUUCACACUGAGGACAAGGUUGUUCACUCUGAGAACAGGGUUCUUCACUCUGAGUUCAAGGUUCUUCACUCUGAGGUCAAGGUUCUCCACCCUGAGGACAAGGUCUUUCACUCUGAGGACAAGGUUCUCCAGUAUGAGGACUAGGUUCUUCACUCUGAGGAGAAGGUUCUUCGCUCUGAGGUCAAAGUUGCUGACACUGAGAAAAAGGUUCCUCAGCCUGAGGACAUGGUUCUUCACUCUGAGGACAAGGUUCCUGACACUGAGGACAAGGUUCUUCACUCUAAAGAGAGGGUUCUUCACUUGGAGGACAAGGUUCUUCACUCUGAGGACAAGGUUCCUCGCACUGGGGACAAGGUUCCUCACUUUGACGACAAGGUUCUCCACUCUGAGUACAAGGUUCUUCACUCUGAGGAUAAGGUUCUUCACUCUGAGGGCAAGGUUCUUCACACUGAGGACAAGGUUCUUCAUUCUCAGGACAAGGAUCUUCACUCUGAGGACAAGCUUCUUCACUAUGAAGACAAGGUUCUUCACUCUGGGGACUAGGUUCUUCAAACUGAAGACAAGGUUCUUCACUUUGAGGACAAGUUUCUUCACUCUGACGACAAGGUGCUUUACUCUGAGAACAAGGUUCUUCACUCUGAGGACAAGGUCCUUCACUCUGACGAGAAGGUUCUUCACUCUGAGGAGAAGGUUCCUCACUUUGAGGACAAGGUUCCUCUCACCGAGGACAAAGUUGCUGAUACUGAGAACAAGGUUCCUCAGUCUGAGGUCAAGGUUCUACACUCUGAGGACAAGGUUCUUCACUCUGCGGACAAGGUUCUUCACUCUGAGGACAAGUUCCUUCACUCUGAGGACAAGGUCCUUCACUCUGAGGACAAGGUCCUUCACUCUGAGGACAAGGUUCCUCAGUCUUGGGAGAAGGUUCUCCUCUCUGAGGACAAGGUUCUUCACUCUGAAGACAAGGUUCCUCACUCUGAGGACAAGUUUCUUCACUCUGAGGACAAGGUUCUUCACUUUGAGGACAAGGUUCCUCACACUGAGGACAAGGUUCUGCACUCUGAGGACAAGGUUCCCCACUCUGAAGACAAGGUUCCACACUCUCAAGACAAGGUUCCUCACUCUGGUGAGAAGGUUCUUUACUCUGAAGACAAGGUUAUUCACUCUGAGGAGAAGGUUCUUCACUCUGAGGACAAGGUUCCUCACACUGAGGACAAGGUUCCUCACUCUGACGACAAGGUUCUCCACUAUGAGGCUACGUUCUUCACUCUGAGGACAAGGUUCUUCACUCUAAGGACAAGGUUCUUCACUCUGAGGACAAGGUUCCCCACUUUGAGGACAAGUUUCCUCUCACUGAGGACAAGGUUGCUGACACUGAGAACAAGGUUCCUCAGUUUGAGGACAUGGUUCUUCACUCUGAGGACGAGGAUAUUCACUCUGCGGAAAAAGGUUCCUCACUCUCAGGACAAUUUCUUCACUCUGAGGACAAGUUUCUUCACUCUGAGGACAAGGUUCCUCACACUGAGGACAUUCUUCUUCACUCUGAAGAGAAGGUUCUUGACUCUGAGGACAAGGUUCCUCACUUUGAUGACAAGGUUCCUCACACUGAGGACAAGGUUCCACACUCUGGUGAGAAGGUUCUUCACUCUGAGAAGGUUCUUCACUCUGAGGAUAAGUUUCCCACUUUGAGGACAAGGUUCUCUACUCUGAGGACAAGGCUCUUCACUCUGAGGAUAAGGUUAUUUACUCUGAGGGCAAGGUUCUUCACUCUGAGGACAAGGUUCUUCACCCUGAAGACAAGGUUGGUCAUUCUGAGGACAAGGUUCUUCACAAUGAGGAGUAGGUUCCUCACUCUGAGGACAAGUUUCUUCACUCUGAGGACAAGGUUAUUCACACUGAGGACAAGGUUCUUGACCUUGAGGACAAGGUUCCUCACACUGAGGACAAAGUUGCUGACACUGAGAACAAGGUUCUUCACUCUGAGGACAAGGUUCCUCACUCUGAGGACAAGUUUCUUCACUCUGAGAACUAGGUUCUUCGCUCUGAGGACAAGGUUCCUCACACUGAGGAAAAGGUUCUGCACUCUGAAGACAAGUUACCUGACUCUGAGGACAAGGUUCUUCACUCUAAGGACAAGGUUUCUCACUCUGAGGACAAGGUCCUUUACUCUCAAGACAAGGUUCUUCACUCUGAGGACAAGUUUCUUCACUCUGAGGACAAGGUUCCUCACACUGAGGACAAGGUUACUCACUUGGAGGAGAAGGUUCCUCACAAUGAGGACAAGGUUCUUCACUCUGAGAACAAGGGUCCUCACUCUGAAGACAAGGUUCCUCACACUGAGGACAAGAUUCCUCACUUUGAGGACAAGGUUCUUCACUCUGUGCACAAGGUUCUUCACUCUGAGGACAAGGGUCUUCAUUCUGAGCAGUAGGUUCUUUACCCUGAGGAAAAGGGUCUUCACUCUGAGGACAAGGUUCUUUACGCAGAGGACAAGGUUCUUCACAGUGAGGACAAGGUUCUUCACCCUGAGGACAAGGUUCCUCACUCUGAGGACAAGAUUAUCCACUCUGAGGACAAAGUUCUUCACUCUGAGGACAAGGUUCCUCACACUGAGGACAAGGUUCCUCACACUGAAGACAAGGUUCUUCAUUCUGAAGACAAGGUUCCUCACACUGAGGACAAGAUUCUUCAUUCUGAGGACAAGGUUCCUCACACUGAGGACAAAGUUCCUCACACUGAGGACAAGGUUCUUCAUUCUGAGGACAAGGUUCUUCACUCUGUGGACAAGGUUCCUAACCCUGAGAACAAGGUUCCGAACUUUGAGGACAAGGUUCUCCACUCUGAAGACAAGCUUCUUCACUCUGAGGAUAAGGUUCUUCACUCUGAAGGCAAGGUUCUUCACACAGACGACAAGGUUGUUCACUCAGAGGACAAGGUUCUUCACUCUGAGGAGAACGUUCUUCACUCUGAGGAGAAGGUUCUUCAUUCAGAGGAGAAGGUUCCUCACUUUGAGGACAAGGUUCCUCUCGCUGAGGACAAAGUUGCUGACACUGCGAGCAAGGUUCCUCAGUCUGAGGUCAAGGUUCUACGCUCUGAGGACAAGGUUCUUCACUCUGCGGACAAGGUUCUUCACUCUGAGGACAAGUUCCUUCACUCUGAGGACAAGGUUCUUCACUCUGAGGACAAAGUUCCUCACACUGAGAAGAAGGUUCUUCAGUCUUGGGAGAAAGUCCUCCACUCUGAGGACAAGGCUCUUCACUCUAAGGACAAGGUUCCACACUCUCAGGACAAGGUUCCUCACUCUGGUUCCAAGGUUCUUUACUCUGAAGACAAGGUUCUUCACUCUGAGGACAAGGUUCUUCACUCUGAGUAUAAGGGCCCUCACUCUGAAGACAAGGUUCCUACACUGAGGACAAGGUUCGCACUUUGA